AUGGCAGUAAGAAUCAGUACUGUGAAAUCCUCAUCAACGCUCGUUGUUGUAGCCUCCCUCCUUCCUCCCCCUCCCACUGCCCAGCCAGGUGGUAUGGCUGCUGUAUUUGCUGAUAUCCGGAAGAUGGGGACUGAAGGUAAGAGCCUGAAGCAUGUCACGGCGGAUAUGAAGACUAAGAACAACAAACCUCAUGUGUCCGAGAAAUAUCUUACGGCGGUCAAUGGUGAGAGUAGUGGUACGAAGCGUAAGGCGGGAGUGACUAAUGCAAUGGUCCCAACCAAGAGCCCACGUUGCGAGAUAGUGAGGGAUAACUGGGUGGUCGAGAACUAUCAUAACGAAGCAGAUGUAUUGGAGCUGCCUCAUGUCACUAUGAAGCAGCUAGUCUACAUAUCCAGCUGUAGUAAUUCAAGUAUUCAUAUACCUACAAAGUGUAAGUCGGUGUGUGUUGAUGGGUCCAAGAAUGUAAGGCUCAUCCUUGAGAGCGUUAUAUCCUCUGUAGAGCUCGUGAACUGUGAGAGCUGCCGUGUCCAGACCAUAGGCCAUGUACCCUGCAUCAGCAUCGAUAAAUGCUCAGGGGUACAGCUGUACCUGUCUAAGGCUUCCUUGGACUGUACUAUCACCACCAGCAAGAGUUCUGAGAUGAAUCUCAAUAUUCCAAUAUCCGAUGAUGGUGACUAUAAGGAGAUGCCAAUACCCGAGCAGUUUGUCCACAAAUUGGUGAAUGUUGAGGAGCAACCUGCUACGGCCAAGCUACACAGUGCUGUGUCCGACCUGUACGCGUGAUGAUGAUGUCCUCCAUUAAUUCUC